CGGAUAUGGCAACAUUUGGGGGGGCAUAUGAUCAGGCAUUUACUGUAGACAGUCCAAUCCCCGGAGGGGUCCUCGGCCGGCUAGACUAGAAGGCGAAGGGGGCGUCUCCCCGGCUUCCUGCGGCGUCGGCGGCGAGCUGAGGUGGAAGCUGGUUGCGGCAACGACGGCGACAGUGGCGGCGGUGCCAUGGCAGAACUCGCAGGAUCCCUGCUGCCUUGGUGAUCCCGGGCUGACAGCCAGAGAGUACAGCGGCUCAGCUUCUGGAGAGUGAGGGUUGAAGAAAGCGGAGGGCAGCCGCCUGCGCCCGCUGGCUCCCUUAGGUCGGUUCCUGCAGCGGUGCCCGGUGGCCUUGGCGAAGGCCCUGCCCAGCAGAGAUCAUGUAUUGCCUCCAGUGGCUGCUGCCCGUCCUCCUCAUCCCCAAGCCCCUCAACCCCGCCCUGUGGUUCAGCCACUCCAUGUUCAUGGGCUUCUACCUGCUCAGCUUCCUCCUGGAGCGGAAACCUUGCACGAUUUGUGCCUUGGUUUUCUUGGCAGCCCUGUUCCUCAUCUGCUAUAGCUGCUGGGGAAACUGUUUCCUGUACCACUGCUCUGAUUCCCCGCUUCCGGAAUUGGCGCAUGACCCUGGAGUUGUGGGCACCUAACAGGCUGCCCAAUUAGCUUUCCAAGGAAGCAGAAGACGGGAGGGGAGGCAUUGACAUAGGUCAUAAAGCAUUGGAGUUUAAAAUCCCGCAGCCGCGCGGGUGCCACAUUCCUGACGGCGCCUUUCUGGCCUGUGAUGUUUUAUCCUUAUAAUGUGAAUAAUGGCACUGACCGGUGCUCUUAAUGUUGAGUCCUAUAGUUGUGGGUGAUCUUGUGGUGUGUGUGUUCCGUCCCCAUCGCGAUCCCCAGGUGGUGGGAUGGUCACCCCGCUCGCCUCAUUCCCACAAGGAGUCUGCACUCAUCCUGGUCCACAGCCCUGGGGUGACUGAGGCGGAUAAAAUGCCAGUCUCAUUGUCAGGGUCUCCUUCCUUCCCAGAAUGUUACCGACUUCUCAAUCCCUCUCCUUGUUUCCCUUUAGUUCUCUUCUACCCCUUUCCUUUUUGGGGAGCACCUGUCUAAGACAGGGCUCGCUUUUGCACUUAUCUCGAAUUUGAAGAGAUUGCUGACGCCCAAGAGCCUCGCUUUUUCAUCCUUUUUUCCCUGUUCAGCAGGCUAGGCAGAAACAUGCCUUGACUGUUAGUUGUCCACAAAUCACCAGUAUUUUCUCCACUUCAUUUUUCAGAAAGAAGGAACAGAUAGAUGUUGUUUUUUCACCUGGGUGUCUGGGCUUAUGGCUUUCCAGCCCAGCCUCACUUCCUUUGCCCUUCUUCCUGCUUUCUUUGAUGGGGGCGGGGGGGGGGGGGGCUCAUUGUGUCUCCUGUGCAUGCUUUGCAGAAUUGAGGGGUGGUGUGUUUAUGUACAUCUAGCCAUCCCCAGCUGAGUGAAUGGGAGAGUACUUACAUGUGUUUCAUAAACAGCCAUGAUCUUGAUACAUGUUUGGAUAUUUUUUUGUGUGCCGUGUGUGUGUGUGUUUGUAUGAAUGCAUAUGUAUAGUCCUUUUAAAGAAGCUUUAUGGAACAUGUUCUGAUUUUGAGGUUUAGCAAUGGCUAGCUAUAGUAGGUGCCACUACAGUUUUUAUUUAGCAUGGGGAUUGCAGAGUGACCAGCACACUGGAGUCCGAGGUGGUUCAGACAAGACAGAGGGGAGUGAUGACCAUCGUCCUCACACCAGGAGCCUCUUCGUUCCUGCGCAUAUAGACUGUACCUUAUGAAGAAUACACAGGAAGACUUUGUGACUGUCACUUGCUUUCUUCUUUUUCUAUGCUUCAAUAACAAGUGUUGACAAAUGAGACUUUCUCCUGGCCCCUGCCCACUGGGAAUUGGCAUGAUUGUCCCCACCAGGCAGAACCAUCCAUCUUCUGUUGCCUGACAGGGGAGGGAGGUGGGCCAGUCAGAGGACAGAACUGGAGGCACUCCAUCUAGGGAAUGGGACUGCAAGGCCGCACUUGUGAAAUCUUUGGACCGCUAUUCUGGAGCUUUUCUUUCUGGUGUGUUUGUUGCACAGCUGUUUGAAAUGUUUAAUAAAGCUUUAUAAACUUUA